AACCGAGCUGUGUGCCACAUCUUCCACUGAUGAUAAAAACCUCCGGGCAGAGAACUGGAGGCUGCAGCGACCAGACCAGAGGCUUUCUUUUUAAAACACACACACACACACACACACACACACACACACACACACACACACACACACACACCGGUCACACCUUUCUGAUAAAACCCACACGUGCUCGUUUCCCGGCUCGUGACGUGUCAGACAUCUUGGACCAUCCUGGAGUUCGAGCAGGAGCAGCAGGAGGAGGUGAGAAGUUCAGACUGUGAAGUUUGGAGGGAGGAGAAGUGGACUUUCCCUUCAACAAGCUGAUAUCCCUUCAAAGAGGAGCGGAGGAAGCCGAGCAGCCGUCGACGUGGAGAGAGAGAGCACAGAGGGAGUGAAAGGAGAAGGUAGAGACGCCAACCGACCCAUCAGCCUGCAGAGAGAGAGAGCGAGAGCGAGCUGUGACAUGGGGAAACAGAACAGCAAGCUGAGGCCCGAGGUCCUGAACGACCUGAGGGAAAACACAGAGUUCACCGACCACGAGCUGCAGGAGUGGUACCGCGGUUUCCUCAAGGACUGUCCCACCGGCCAUCUCACCGUGGAGGAGUUCAAGAAGAUUUACGCCAACUUCUUCCCCUACGGCGACGCCUCCAAGUUCGCCGAGCACGUCUUUCGCACGUUUGACACCAACGGCGAUGCCACCAUCGACUUCAGGGAGUUCAUCAUCGCCCUGAGCGUGACGUCUCGCGGCGGGCUGGAGCAGAAGCUGCGCUGGGCCUUCAGCAUGUACGACCUGGACGGGAACGGAUACAUAAGUCGAGCAGAGAUGCUGGAGAUAGUUCAGGCAAUUUACAAGAUGGUGUCGUCGGUGAUGAAGAUGCCUGAGGAUGAGUCGACACCAGAGAAGAGGACAGAUAAGAUCUUCAGACAGAUGGACAUUGAUAAUGAUGGUAGACUGUCGCUGGAGGAGUUCAUCAAAGGUGCCAAGAGCGACCCGUCCAUCGUCAGACUGCUGCAGUCCGAUCAGGGAGCCUCUCGUCAGUUCUGAGGGCAGAGACAUGAACGCUCACGCACGCUCUCUCCAACCUCCACACACACACACACACACACACACACACACACACACACACACACACACACACACACACACACACACACACACACACACACACACACACACACACACACACACACACACACACACACACACACACACACACACACAGCUUCGUGCUGCUCGGUCGUCACCACACAACCCUUUCAGUUUAUCUACACUCCACUGUCUUAAUGUUUACAUGAAUGGAUAAUUGAUUUCUUGUUGUUUUUUUUCCUCUGUGGACGUUGAACUUGCUCGAGUCUGUGUAUAAGCUUCUCCCCCCCUCCCUCGCCUUGCUGUGCCAUAUAUAUUUAUACUGACUGGAUUAUAUGCUUGCAAGUAUUAUGAGUCCUGUUAUGUUACAUGAAGAGGAAAACUAAUUACGUCAGUUGGUAUAAUUUGAUUGAAUCGGUUGUUCAGGAUAUCGACAAGUCGCCGUUCUGAACGAGCUCUAUAUGCCUUUGGUAUUUGCAUGCGCUCAGUGAUACGUGUUUUCUGAUAUUGUAACAGUUUACGUGAAUAAGGAAGCCCGUGAUUGUUUUUAAUUCCUUUUUAUUUUUGUAACAAAAACGUCAUUUUGUUUUCACACAAUUGAAAUAAAGUCGUGUAAGAAAAAUAUA